CCCUGGGACUAAUGCAAGUCAUCUUUUCAAUUGCAGUGCAGAAAGAGACUGAGAAUCUACCUGAAUCUAUGUGUAUCUAACUGGAUAGCUUGUAUAGUUUGGUAUUUUCGUGUCUAGCUCACCUGUGAAGAACUUUGAGGUGAAGAAACUGAUGUGCUUGGAAGAAUGAGUUUGCUUCUAGGAAUUCUGUCACUUUUCCAAGUUUUGACCUAUGUGACAAUGAUGGACAAAACAAAAGAUAUUUACGUUGGAGCAGAAGGAAGCACUGUGGAAAUUUACUGUCAUUGUCCUGAUGGAUACCAAGAUUACAUCAAGUACUUUUGCCGUGAUCCUUGUACUGAUGAUGAUAUUCUAAUUAAAUCUGAUGGCUCUGAUACUGUCAUCUCAGAAGGAAGAUUCACUGUACUCGACAAAGUGUCAGAUAUGAUCUUUGUUAUCACCAUCAGAAACCUCCUAAGAGAAGACUCUGGAGUUUAUUACUGUGGAGUAGAAAAAGGAGGUUAUGACAUAACGAGUAAAGUAAAGGUGUUUGUCAGUGGAGCUUUGCCCUAUGUGGCAAUGAAAGACAAAUCAGAGUAUACUUACAUUGGAGCAGAACGAAGCACUUUGGAAAUUUACUGUCAUUAUCCUGAUGGAUACCAAGAUUACAUCAAGUACUUUUGCCGUGAUCCUUGUACUUAUGAUGAUAUUUUAAUUAAAUCUGAGAGCUCUAAAACUUUCAUCGCAGAAGGAAGAUACACUGUACUGGACAAAGUAUCCGAACUGAACUUUGUUGUCAGCAUCAGAAACCUCAUGAUAGAAGACUCUGGAGUUUACCAAUGUGGAGUGGAAAGAACAGGUUACGACAUACUGUGUAAAGUAAUACUGUCCAUCAGCAGAGCACCACUCCUCUCCACCCACACACCUACACCAGCGUCCACCACACAGAGCACUAAACAGAGCGCUAAGCAGAGCACUAAACAGAUGCACAGCACAUCAGGGCCCAUAGCAACAAGUACAGUUACGGGUACAGUUACACUUUCAGAAGCUUCAUCUGCAUUCUGUAUUCGAGUGUGACAUGCCAAUAUUAUCCAUAGCACCUUCUACUUCAUCAGAAGCUGAGCUGGUGAUAUCUGGAGUGUUGGUGGUGCUGUGUGUCAUGCUCUGCUCUUUCUGUACCAGGAUCUCUCUAUAAGGACCUCAUCUGCCUGCACCAAAACAAUGUAAAUACACAUUAAAACCACUUAAAGCAGUGUAACGUAGCACUUUUUUAUCAUGUGA